AUGCGACCUACGAUCAGCUCCAUGAACAAACAAGCUGCUAAUAGUGCAAGGAGGCGCGGUCUAACCAACGCUUAUAGCACAGCGAACGUAGCCCGUUCCGAGUCAAGCUCUGAAGCGGAUGAGAGGACAGAGGCUCCGGUACCUCGCCCCAGGGCUGCAUCAGCGGACAGAGCUUCAAGGAGAUUGGGCCGUAGUGGCAGUGAACGUGAUCUGUCAGCGAAGGCGCGCGAAGUGACCAAUCGUCUCGCCUCGAACACGCGACAGAGGACGAAACAAGAGCCGACCGAGAAUAAUAAUUUGUCGUCAUCCCAGCUGUGUUCCGAUCUCACCGAGCAGCUGACAAAGACGGCGAGCAAGGUCGUUCAGCUCUACCGGACCCUGCAGAGAGAACCGAACGCGGCCGCCGACAUCAGUGGACUCGAGGCGGCGAUCCUUGAGACCCAAAAGGUCCUGCGUGGCGCUGUACAAGGCGAGCCAGAUCACAAUCGACAAAGGAUAGAUAAUUUGUUGUCCAAAGAAGGGGCUACAACUGGCAACCCGGCGAUGACUCUCAUAGAGCAAUACUCGGAUAUCUUGCUCAACAUGAUGCAGAGUAAAAUGGUCAACCAAUUCUCGCAGAGUCCUCAAAGUCUACCCCCCACCCCGCGCGAACCCGGAGGAGAAAGCUAG